AUGAGACAAGAAAGAGGAAAAUCAAAAUUCAGACAUAAAUUCACCACGGAAGAAGUGAAGAUACUCAAACAAGAGUUUAAAAACUCUCCUUAUCCAUUUUUCGAGACCAAGGAUGAGCUGGCACAACAGUUUCAAUGUGACGUGAGUGUGAUUGAUAACUGGUUUCAGAAUAAAAGAGCCAGAUCACCACAAGAAGUGAAAGAAAAACUUUCCGACAUCAGAAGAUCACGCAAGUGCCAAAACUACAUGCUUACAGGUCCCCAGGACACCCAGACCGAGGAGGCUUCUGGUGAACAGUGUGACUUUGUGGUCCAGAGCGUUGGAAUGAGAUCAGUCGGCACUGAGGAGUACCAAGGGGCCACUGGAAGUGGUUCUUACAACUUCAGUCCCAUAAACUUUACUCUCCCCCCUGGGUCUGAGCAGUAUUAUAUGGGUGGGGACCAUCCUGAGACACAGGAAAGCCAAAGUUUCACAUUCUCUCUCUGUGUGCAGGGGCAAAGGCAGAUGGAUUCUAACAAUUCCCCAGUGUUCCCAGAACAGCAGCAGAAUAACUGGGAAUAUCAGCAACCACUGCAGCGUCCCCAGGGCUUCCAAGAGAGGGUCUCCUUGGCCGACUGGCUCUUUGAGCACCAGAGUCUUAGAGACUUAGGGCAGCAGGUAUCCUUCUUCUUUGCCCCAGAGCAUCAGGAUCAGUUUGACCCAAGUGAUAGAGAUGCAGCAGGCUCUCAGACUCUGCUCUGCGAGCCUCAGUCAGGGUCCCACCAGAUGUCCCUUUGGCUGCACGGGCAGCAAGAGCCUGCUGACAGCUGUACUCCAAUGGAGUGCAGUCCUGUCAAAACACACCCAGCCUACAAUUCACAGUCUUCAGGAAUUUAG